AUGUCCGGCCAAAAGAAGAAAGAAGAACAAAAGAUAGCGCUUAUAUUCAACGCUAACCUCCCUAUAGCAAAAGAGGUGGCACGCUUAUUUGCACAACGUGGAUUGAAGAUAUACGCCCUUGAUACAGAGUCCUUGUUCUAUGUCAAUGAACUCUUGAUUAACAAUCCGGAAUUUGAAGAUUCUAUCAUCCCAAUUCAAUCGCCUAAGAAUGAGAUAUUCUCUAAGUUACAAUCGCUGAUGGAAGAGGAGGGUGAUAAAAUUAUCGAUCUUGUCAUGGACUUCAACUUGAGCACGUCUGAUUUGAAGACUGAGGAUCUUGAAUUUAGCUCGAAGCUGUUGGCUAGUGAGAUGGUGAAUUCUGAAACAAUAUUUUGCUUUGGAAAUGGCUAUGCAAUUAAAUCUGCCGCCUCUUUUGAGCAAAUCAAUCUAUCCAUCAAAAAGAUACAGCAGGAAGUCCAAAGUAAAUAUGGUGACGACUGUAAUGUUAUAAAUUUAGUCAGUCGCUUAGAACCAAAUAUUCACGACUUGGCUUCGGAGGCCUUGAAAUACUUGGAAUCAUUGAUCCGCACGAAAUUCAAGGUCAAGAAAUUGAACAAUUGGGUUGAUUUGGCUUGCAUAAUUAUGUACUACGGCCUCCCUCUAUCUGGUUACAGCUAUAUUGAAAAAGUUGGUCAGCUUUUCAAUGACUGGACUUCUCCAAGUUUAAAAGAGAAUGAUUCAGACCUCAUUCUUUAA